AUGGGGACAUUGAUUAAGACAUGCAAGUCAUUAUUAAAAAAGACCACACAGUGCGAUCAAUCGAUGUCGAUCACCCGAAUCUCAACUGAAGUCGCAAGAAGUCACAGUAGAUACCAUUAUUACCAACGCACACGAAGAACCGCUAUGGCUCCAAUAGGUGGUUCUGCGGAGCAGGUUGAAAAACUUCGAAAUAAGAUCAAUAAUGCUGCCGUCCUAGUCUUUGCUAAAAGUUUCUGUCCGUACUGCAAAAAGGUUAUGGAGCGGUUUAACAAUUUGAAAAUUCCGUUCGGAUACCUUGAUUUGGACUUAAAAAAGAAUGGAUCUGAUUAUCAGAAGAUGCUACAAGAAAUCACUGGUCGAACUACAGUCCCUCAGGUUUUUUUCCGUGGUGAAUUCAUCGGUGGUUGCGACGAUGUGAUGGCGAUUGACGAUGAUACCAUUGUGAAGAAGGCAAAUGAGAUGAAAUACGAUUAUGACAUGGUGAUCAUCGGUGGUGGUUCCGGCGGAUUAGCUCUGGCUAAGGAAUCGGCAAAGUCGGGCGCCAAAGUUGCUCUUCUCGACUUCGUCGUACCUACACCUAUGGGCACCACCUGGGGUUUGGGUGGUACUUGCGUCAAUGUUGGCUGCAUCCCCAAAAAACUCAUGCAUCAAGCUGCUCUCUUAAAUCACUACAUGGAGGAUGCCAAAUCCUUCGGUUGGGAUGUAGAUAAAGGUCCUCACGAUUGGGUCAAGAUGGUGGAAGGCAUUCAGGACCACAUUCACGCCCUCAACUUUGGCUACCGUUCAUCCAUGAUGAACGCCAAUGUUAAGUAUCUCAACGCCCUUGGUGAAAUUGUAGACCCACAUACCAUCAAGACUACAAAUAAACAGGGCAUAGUAAAGAACAUCACCACCAACACGAUCAUUGUGGCCACGGGUGAGCGCCCACGCUAUCCCCCGAUUCCAGGAGCCAAAGAGUAUGGCAUCACUAGUGACGACCUCUUCUCAUUGGACCAUAAUCCAGGCAAGACACUGUGUGUGGGAGCGAGCUACGUCUCCCUUGAGUGUGCCGGAUUCUUGAGCAGCAUUGGCUGUGAUGUGACUGUGAUGGUGCGCUCAAUUUUCCUCCGCGGUUUCGAUCAGCAGAUGGCUGGGUUAGUCAGUGACUACAUGGCGAAGUACGGCGUCAAAUUUGUCCGUCCCUGUGUCCCCACUUCUGUUCGAUGCCUGGAGGAGUAUGAUCCAGAAUCGGGUAAGCUUGCCAUCUAUGAAGUUGAAGGCAAACACGAGGAUGGGACGCCGUUUAAGGAUACUUUCAACACGGUCCUGUUUGCAGUGGGUCGUGAUCCCUGCACCACCAACAUUGGCCUACAGAAUGUUGAUGUCAAAACCACCAAUGGCCGCGUCGUUGUUGACGACGAGGAGCGCACAAAUGUCCCCAACAUCUAUGCCAUUGGCGACGUGAACAACGCUGGCUAUCAGCUGACUCCUCUUGCCAUCCAGGCAGGGAAAAACCUCGCUCGCCGUCUCUACACCGCAGAUGACUGUCGGUUUUCACUCCCCUCGAAUAUGGCUGCAUUGGUCUUUCCGAGGAAAAUGCUAUUAGCAAAUUCGGGGAAGACAAUAUCGAGGCGAGUCUUCCAUUCCUACUUUCAACCACUUGAGUGGACUGUUCCUCACCGUCCGGAUAACACUUGUUACGCGAAACUCAUUAUUAAUAAACAGGACGACAACCGCGUGGUAGGAUUCCAUGUGUUUGGUCCCAACGCCGGAGAGGUGACACAGGGCUACGCGGUUGCCAUGCACCUGGGCGCGAGGAAGGAGGACUUCGAUCGUACCAUUGGUAUCCAUCCUACCUGUUCAGAGACUUUCACAACUCUGCGCGUAACGAAGAGCUCUGGCGCAUCUGCUACCGUAACCGGCUGCUGA